AUGGAUCGUUGGCUUAACAAAUCAAGAAAUACAGUGGGAUCAUCCUCAUCAGAUGCAAAUGAAAAUAAAUGUGUCACACCGAAUAAUAGUGCGAGUUUAAAAAGAGCAAAUAGUCCACCUAACAAACAAUCUGAUACAGGGACAUCUGCCACUACAGUAAGUAAAAGAAGAAAAUAUGACGAAAAUUAUAUCUCUUUUGGUUUCAUACAUGAAAAUAGUUAUCCACAGUGCGUUGUAUGUAGUAAAGUUUUUCCGAAUAGUUCAAUGGUGCCAGCCAAAUUGCGCCGUCAUUUGGAAACUAACCAUACAAACGUCAAAGAUAAACCUGUUGAUUAUUUUAUUCGAUUGCGUGAUCAACUUUUAAAGAAUAAGAACUUUAUAGCUGAAGUAACAAAAACGGAAAAUGAAAAAGCAACAGAGGCAUCUUAUAUGGUCAGUUAUCGUAUAGCUUAG